AUGGUUCAUGGGAAGCCCCGUCAUCCACAAAGUCAGGGUUCUAUGGAAUGUGCGAAUGGUGACAUUAAGGAUAUGUUAGUUACCUGGCUUGCAGACAAUAAUUCACAAGACUGGUCAGUUGGUAUCAAGUUUGUUCAGUUUCAGAAAAAUGCUGCUCACCAUUCAGGGAUAAAGUGCUCUCCAUAUGGUUGUGAAGCCAGAGUUGGCCUGACUUCUUCACCUUUACCCACAGAAGUCUCAAGGUUGGAGAGUGAGGAUGAUCUCAUAGCAGGUAUAUCAGGAGAUGAUACAACAACAGCAGGUUCUGCUGCAAGUUCUACUGGUUCAGUGACUACUAACGGAGCGACUACAAGUGACAAUAAUGAUUUAUUGACCGCUGAAGUGACUGAGGCACUUCCUGUUGAUGCCAUUGUUCAAACUCCUCAGAUACUUCAGGAUCACUAA